AGGAAUUUGAGUAUACCUGAAACUCUCUGGCCUGGCCACACUGUGUUCCUCCAUCCUGGGUUCCCGCAGUAGGGACAAGGGGUCGACCUCAGAAAUAUGCAUUUACAGCCAGUGACUUGGAUGUGCAGGGAAUGAGCAUUGCUUUACUGGGACCCACAUUUCAAGAUUUGGCAAGAAAUGUGAACCAAAACAUCAGCAGUCUUUCUGUAAUUUUUGUGGGCCGUGCGUCUGGAUUUUUAUGCGGCAGUAUGCUGGGUGGAGUUCUUUUGGACUAUAUGAAUCACUUUUUGCUUUUGGGGCUGUCAAUGGUGGCCAUAACAGCUGCUCUUUACCUCAUUCCUUUCUGCAAGACAGCAGUGGUCCUGGUUGCCGCGAUGUCUGUCUUUGGCGUCUCCAUUGCCGUGGUGGAUACAGGUGGGAACGUCCUCAUCUUGGCUCUUUGGGGAGACAGAGGAGCCCCACACAUGCAGGCCUUGCACUUCAGUUUUGCCUUGGGUGCCUUUCUGGCUCCCCUGCUGGCUAAACUGGCAUGGGGUACCACAGCGCCUGCAGGAAACCACACAGAGCCCGGCUGGCACCCUGGAGCCCUGAACUCAUCCUCAGAAGCCCACCCUCGCUCUCUGUUUGGAGUUCCCGACGACAUGAACUUAGUGUGGGCCUACGCCUCCAUCGGCACCUACAUUUUAGCAGUUUCUGUCUUUCUGUUUGCUCUGUUGUGUAAGAAGAGCUCAAGGCAGACAAAAUCCACAGUAUCUGCCCAGGGGUCUCGACGAGCUCAACAUCACAAGGCCCUUCUCUGCCUCCUUUUUGUCUUCUUCUUCUUUUACGUCGGGGCUGAGAAUACAUAUGGCUCUUACAUAUUCUCCUUUGCCACCACCCACGUUGGCAUGGAAGAAAGCGAAGCGGCCGGGUUGAAUUCUAUCUUCUGGGGCACCUUUGCCGCCUGCAGGGGCCUGGCCAUCUUUUUUGUCAAAUGUUUACAGCCUGGAACCAUGAUUGUGCUGAGCAACAUUGGCAGCCUGGUCUCAUCAUUAUUUCUGGUGCUUUUUGACAAGAGCCCGCUUUGUCUCUGGAUCGCAACUUCAGUGUAUGGAGCCUCGAUGGCCACCACCUUUCCCAGUGGGGUUUCCUGGAUCGAGCAGUACAUGACCCUCAGCGGGAAGUCUACAGCAUUCUUUGUAAUUGGUGCCUCCCUGGGAGACAUGGCUAUUCCUGCAGUCAUUGGGAUUCUUCAAGGACAAUACCCGGAUUUGCCAGUAGUUCUGUACACAUGUCUGGUGUCCGCAGUGUUCACUGCUGUCUUAUUUCCUGUGAUGUAUAAACUCGCUACCUUGCCUCUGGAUCACCAGAGAACAGGAAAAAGAAAGAGUGAGGACCAGAAAGCCUUGCUUUCUAGCUCUGAGCCCAAUGACUGUGAAGAAGAGAAUGAAGGGGAGGAUGCAGGAACCUGGAAUGGAAUGGAUUUUGAAGCAGUUGAAGUGAAUGACCCAGGGAGGCACUCUGUAAUAGAGACAAAGACAGAGAUUUCCAUGGAACCUAUAGCCGAGAGCUCUAAGCAAUUCUCAAGUCCCUUGAUGUCUGCGGCCUCUCCAGCUAAGAGUGGCAAUUCCCCUGUGAAUCUCCAGGACAGAUGGGACUAACUAAGAUAGAUCACUCAGUGACCUCAUCACCACCACUCCCAAAGAAGCCAAGGCACAGCUUUCACAUGUUUUUAGUAUUUUCUAGGAAUCAAAGUUUCUCCUUUGUUUACAGCAAUGGCUAAACAUUUUUGGAAAGUUCUGCGAUUCUCAGAGUCUUCCAUAAUGUAUCAAGUAGGAUGUAAUUAUGAGAUGUUUAUCAGAUAGGAGGCUUAUUAGGAAGUAUUUUUAUCAUCUCUGCCAUUCAAGGCAUGCCAGAAAGGCAUUUGUUUUCUGACAUAUAAACACCACAG